AUGAGCCACUUAAUGUCCCUACCCAUCGUGCUUCUGAAGGAUGGCACAGACAAAGCCCAGGGGAAGAGCCAAAUUAUCCGGAAUAUAAAUGCGUGCCAAAUUAUCGUAGACAUAAUAAAGACAACCCUUGGACCAAGGGGCAUGGACAAACUUAUCUACACGGACAAGGAUGUUACCAUAACAAAUGAUGGCGCCACGGUGAUGAAUCUGUUAAAUAUUUCUCACCCCGCAGCGUGUAUACUAGUGGAUAUUGCGAAAUCACAGGAUGAAGAAGUAGGAGAUGGAACCACGUCUGUGGUAGUAGUAGCAGGAGAGUUACUAAACGAAGCGAAACAAUUAAUUAAUGAUGGUAUAGAACCAAAUAUGAUAAUUGAUGGGUUCAGAAAUGCAUGUACAGUAGCUAUCAACAAGUUGAAUGACCUGAGUCUUAGCUUUGUCAGUAAGAGCCCAGAAGAGAAAAAAGAAAUCCUAAUAAAGUGUGCACAGACAGCGUUAAACUCGAAGCUAGUUUCUAAUCACAAGGCUUUCUUUAGCGAACUAGUGGUAAAUGCUGUAUACAAGUUAGGAGAAUAUAUGGACAAAUCAAAUAUAGGUAUUAAAAAAGUAACGGGUGGCUCUUGCCUAGACACACAACUGAUCUAUGGAGUGGCAUUUAAGAAAACUUUCUCUUAUGCAGGAUUCGAACAACAACCCAAAACAUUUCUGAAUCCAAAAAUACUUCUCCUUAAUGUGGAGCUAGAAUUAAAAGCAGAAAAGGAAAAUGCAGAAGUGAGGAUUGAUAAUCCAAGUGACUACAACUCUAUCGUACAAGCAGAAUGGGAAAUAAUUUUUAAAAAAUUGAAUUUAAUAAAAGAGAGUGGAGCAAAUAUUGUUUUGUCUAGACUACCCAUUGGAGAUAUUGCGACUCAGUUCUUUGCGGAUAAUGAUAUUUUCUGUGCAGGCAGAGUGGAAGACGCAGAUUUAAAACGAACUGCCAACGCAACAGGUGCAAUCGUACAGACAUCUUUGUUCAACCUAAACGAAAGCAUAUUAGGUAACUGUGGUGUCUUUGAGGAAGUGCAAAUUGGAAAUGAGAGAUAUAACAUUUUUAAAGAAUGUUUGAAGACCAAGUCAGUUACAAUUAUCCUGAGAGGAGGUGCGAAUCAAUUCAUUGAAGAAGUGGAGAGAUCAAUUAAUGAUGCCAUAAUGAUUGUCCUUAGAUGCAUGGGAAAUUCAGAAAUAGUUCCAGGGGCAGGGUCUAUAGAAAUGCAGUUGUCUAAACACCUUAGAAUAUAUAGCAGAUCCAUUUGCAACAAGGAACAAAUCGUUUUAUACUCUUUUGCAAAGGCUCUUGAAUCCAUUCCUAGACACCUUUCUCACAAUGCCGGCUAUGAUUCUACAGACAUUUUGAACAAGCUCAGGAAGAAGCACUCAGAAGAGACUAGCGACAUCUGGUACGGAGUUGAUUGUCAGCAAGGAGACAUCAUCAAUGCAUAUGAACAUUGUAUUUUUGAAGUAACAAAAAUUAAGAGGAACGUAAUUUACAGCGCUACCGAAGCCGCAUGCCUCAUCCUCUCCAUUGAUGAGACCAUUAAGAACCCAAGCAGUAACGCUGACAAGGGCCCGCGAAACCCAUACGCCUGA